AUGAGGGGCAAGGUGAUCGCAGCCCUGCUGGGGCUGUUCUUGGCACUGGCGGCCGGUGUGGAGGACUUGAGCCUGAAGGACUUCGACUUUGCCCAGUUUUCAGGUAUCUGGUACGAGAUUGCCUGCUCCAACCUGGAGCCCCAGGGCUCGCCCCGGAUGAAGAAGAUGGGGGCCGUAAUGGUGCAGCAGGAGGGGCCCCACCUGGCCCUGACCUCCGUGUCUGACCACACGAGCCGCUGUGUGGAGGAGAAGAGCCAGGCUGUGAAGGUCGCCCCCGGGAAGUUCAAUCUUCCUAUGGAGUCUGGAGGCAAAGAGGUCACUGUGGUGGCCUCGGACUACGAGACAUACAGCAUCAUGAACACUGUCUUCCACAAAGGAGGGAAGGCCCACAGUGUCCUGAAACUUUAUAGCCGGAUGGUGGAACACGACGAAAAAGCCACGGACAGGUUCCUCGUAAAGGCCAUGGAGCACGGGCUGUCAGCAGUGGAUGUGCAGCUGCUCUCCAAGGACUUGACCUGCGUGAACUUGCUGCCCCAGGUGGUGAGUUCCUGCCCCCACUCUGAGGCUGGGGCUCCGUCCACCAGGCCUUCCCGUCACACCUGGAAGAGGAGUCUGGGGUCCGAGGGGCGGUGGGACUGUCUGGGGCAGACAGAGCAGAGGUCCAGACAGUGGGCCGAGCCGUGA